ACCAAACAAAUACCUGUUAAGCUCUACCAACACAGUUUUGUAUUUUGCUUCAUUGUUGCUUGGCUUUUGUUUUAUGAUGUGCAUAUGUAAUAAUACACUUUGCCUUAGAGCGCCCUCUGUGUUGAGCACACGAGAGUCAUUGUUCAUUUCGCCCCCCUCUUUCCGCGCCCUGUCUCGAAAUGUUCUUCCUGGUUUUAACUGAAGUCACUGGAAGUUGCCGAGGAGGAUGGAACAACUAAUGACAUUCUAAUAGUUUAAGAACAAUUUCAGAUUUUUUCAAAAUCUCUAUCGAAAUUGAAAAACAUCAGACCUUUUGAUAAACUGUCAAACAUUCAAAACAGCUUAUCAUCGCAGCUACAGCUAGCUGGCUGGUUUGAGGUGUUGAACAGCUGGCUAGCUUAGCAAAAGUUAACCAUCUUGAACCUAACAAUGGACAGAGAAGACAAAGUGCAAAUGAGGACUCACCCACGCAGGCAGUUAAAGAAGCUUAGUGAAGACAAUUUAACCAAGCAGCCAGAGGAAGUAUUCGAUGUGUUGGAGAAACUUGGUGAAGGGUCAUAUGGAAGUGUCUUCAAGGCCAAUUACAAAGAGACCGGGGAGAUUGUGGCCAUCAAACAGGUUCCAGUGGAGACCGACCUGCAGGAGAUCAUUAAAGAGAUCUCCAUCAUGCAGCAGUGUAACAGUCCCCAUGUUGUGAGGUACUAUGGUAGUUACUUUAAGAACAGCGACCUAUGGAUCGUCAUGGAGUACUGUGGAGCUGGCUCUGUCUCUGACAUCAUUCGCUUGCGCAACAAAACGCUAACAGAGGAUGAGAUCGCCACCAUAGUGCAGUCCACACUGAAGGGUUUGGAGUACCUGCACUUUAUGAGGAAAAUCCACAGAGACAUCAAGGCAGGGAACAUCCUCCUCAAUGCAGAGGGCCAGGCCAAGCUGGCUGACUUUGGGGUUGCGGGACAGCUGACGGACACCAUGGCCAAGCGGAAUACAGUAAUCGGUACUCCGUUCUGGAUGGCACCUGAGGUGAUUCAGGAGAUUGGCUAUAACUGUGUGGCUGACAUCUGGUCCCUAGGCAUCACAGCCAUUGAGAUGGCGGAGGGGAAGCCUCCUUAUGCAGACAUCCACCCAAUGAGGGCCAUAUUUAUGAUUCCUACAAACCCGCCACCGACGUUCCGAAACCCAGGUAUGUGGUCUGAGCAGUUCCAAGACUUUGUCUCCCAGUGCCUGGUGAAGAACCCAGAGAACAGAGCCACUGCCACACAGCUUCUACAGCAUCCGUUCAUUAAGGCUGCUAAGCCCAGAGCUAUCCUCAGAGCUCUUAUUACAGACGCCAUGGAGAUAAAACUAAAGAAAGUGGAGGCUGAGCAGAGGGAAACAGACCAGGAGGACGAAGACAACUCGGAUGAUGAUGAGGUAGACUUGGGCACAAUGGUGAGGGCAAGCACGGGUAACAUGGGCACCAUCCGGGAGGCUGGGUCAGUAGGAGGCACGGCGAGGACCAUGAUCGAGCACAGCGACACGGGAACCAUGCAGUCUCAGCUGGGCACCAUGGUAAUCAACUCGGACGAUGAGGAUGAGGAGGCUGGCACAAUGAAACGGAGAGAUGACACAAUGCAGCCCGCUAAGCCGUCCUUCCUGGAGUACUUUGAGCAGAAAGAGAAGGAGGCGAACUGUCACAAUAAUAGCGGAGGAAACCCUGGACACAAUGCUGACAACCGCAAACUGCCUGCGGAGGGAGACUUAGAGGUGAUACGAACAUGGAGUGUGGAGGAGCUGAAGUUACGGCUUGCCUCCCUGGACCCCCAGAUGGAGCAGGAGAUUGACGAGAUUCACCAGCGAUAUCAGGCCAAGCGCCAGCCCAUCCUGGAUGCCAUUGAGGCCAAGAAACGUCGCCAGCAGAACUUCUGAAGGACUUUGGCAUGUCUCCUUUCAAAUUUCUCAAUUGGACUCUUGGUCCUUCACGCUGGACAAUGAUGUGGACAGAUUACGUCUGUUCAUUGCUUUGGACUCUACUUCAUUGCGAUUCUUGUCUUUUUCUUAAGGGAAACCAGUUAAUGCUGCCAAGCUUGCACAUUUUUUGUUGUAACUUAUUGCGGUAAUUAUUUAGAGUACUUCAGACCUCUCAAGUAUUCAUUUUUCAUUCAUGUGGUACAUUUGUAUUCUCUUUCACAGUUGGUACAUUUGAAUCAACUGUGUAACAUUGCUAGUUUGAGCAACAAGAUCACUUUCAUACCAUACUGUAUCAUUUUGUGUUUAAAUUUUUAUGACAUUUGGUACUUAAUUUCUUCAUUUUUUUUGUUCAGCAUUCUAUCCUAUUAGUUUUGCUGCACAAUACAACAUCCAACCAAAGGGAAGUUAAAUUAAAUUUAUGGGUAUAUGAAUCCAAUGUGGAAGAUAGGUGAUUAUUAUACUUCAUACAAUACAAACCUUCCUUUCCCAGCACUGUGUUGUGCAUGGUCAAGUUUUUCUUUCUAUUAAAAACAGCUGUAAAAACUGUUAUUUGCUGCAGAAAUAUUUCACAGCAAUUAAGAUGGUAACAUGAUUCCCUACAAACCUAUGUACAUGUUAUUUCACAUAAACACGAAUUGAGCAAACUGUAUAGAUAACAGGAAAAGACAAAUUAUGUAUUCGCCAUGAAAUCAAGACCUCUCCCAUUUUGACAACAAUGACGGGGUCGUGGAGGAAAAUCAAUGUGCGAAUAUUACAGCCAAACAAACACUGGCCGGUAAGUUAUACUGUGAAAUACCAUCAUAUGCAUCACUGCAGAUAUAUUAAGAAACAUUUUCUACAACUAUAAUACAAAAAUUAUUUUUGUAAUGUGAAGCACCUUUAAGAGUAGCUCAACCAUGGUAAAUGUAUGUGCCUCAAAACGCCUAAUUCUAUCUUCAGAUACGACCAUAUAACUGAUGUCAAUGGACAUUUUGUUGAAAUGGUGGAAGAUGCAUGCGCCAAUUAGGUCCAGAAUUAUGUAAUUUUAGAGACAUUAUUCCAAUGAGCAAGCGAUUUAAAAGGUACAUAAUCUGUCAGAAGAUCUUGAAACAUCUGAGUGAAAAUUUGUAUUUUUGUGUUAAACCAUGGUGCACUUGUCUUUUACUUGAUAGUUCUAUAUUUUUGUUUGUAACUCAUUGGCAACGUUCCAUAGAGCAGCUUAUACUUAUUUCUUCAACAUUCAAACGUUUUGAAUAAAUAAAGGACAAUUAUUUUUAUAUAUAUAGUUUAGACACAUAUCUUUGAAGACUUUUUGCAUCAGUGCGCAAACUAGCUUCUCAGGUCAGAUGUUCUCAGGUCCGUAUAUAAUUAUGACAUUAGGAAUAUAAGAGUAUUCCUAAUAUAUAUUCCUAAUAUAUAAGGAAUGUAUUAAUAUGCCUUAUUCUACAUACAUAUUAGUAUUUUGUGUAUAAAAUAUUAUAAGGAUAUGUAAAUUGAAUUAUUGUUUAAAUUACACUUAAAUUACAAUUACUAAAACAUAUCAAUUAAUCUGCUCUAUUGAUGUGAUUGUUAGAGAGAUCACAUUGUUACAACCAUUGUUUCUGAAUAACCUUCUGUAGGGACAUUUGUUUAAAUCCCUUUUUGAAAGGCAUUCAUUGAAGUAGCAAUCACUGGAAAGUAUUUCUGCACUGUAAUAUGAAGAACUGGUGUCUACUUUUGACUGUCCACUGGUCUUUAAAUUGAGAAUUCAUAUCUAGGAAAUGGUAAUGAAAUGUCCAUGCCUUAAAUUAUGCAAUGGAAAUUAUGCAUGUGUUCAGUGUCAGUGUUUGAUUUGUGUACAUGUUGCCUUGCCUGUUAAAAAAUUAUAAAAAAAAUUUUUUUGCUA